AUGGCGGCAGACGCGCAGAAGAAUAAUAACAAUGCGGGUAAAACGUCUAAAAAGGAGCCUCAGCCGCUCGUCAUCGCCAAAACUCCGGCUGAGGAGCAGAGGUUAAAGUUGGAGAAGUUGAUGAGAAACCCCGACAAGCCUGCUCCUAUCCCAGAUCGUCCAAAGGAAUGGAACCCGAGGGCCCCGCCGGAGUUUGUGCGCGACGUGAUGGGCUCCAGCGCCGGGGCGGGCAGCGGAGAGUUCCACGUUUACCGCCACCUCCGCCGCAGAGAGUACCAGCGGCAAGAUUUUCUCGACAAAAUGUCAGUGGUCCACAACAAAAACGAAAAGUACAUGGAGAAGCUGGAGAAGAAUAAGCAGGCGGCAGAUGAGAGGACGGCCAAGCGGAGGAAGAAGCGGGAAAAGCUUAAGCAAAAGAAGCUAGCUGCGAAGAAAGCCAAAGAAGAGGCUAAAAACAAAAACGAUGCAGGCAGUGAUGAAAAGAGCUCAAAUAGCAGCGAAGAUGAGGAGGAUGAGGAACGAGAGGCAGAUGAUGAUGCUGAAGUUCCGAGUUUCAUCAUGGGAAAGAAAUGA